AUGACGUCCUGGUUGUAUGAAUGUCUUUGUGAAGCUGAGCUUGCACAGUAUUAUCCUCAUUUUACUGCUCUUGGCCUGCAGAAAAUAGAUGAAUUAGCCAAGGUUACAAUGAAGGACUACUCCACACUGGGAGUCCAUGACAUGAAUGACCGCAAACGUCUCUUCCAACUUAUCAAAAUUAUUAAGAUUAUGCAGGAAGACGAUAAAGCGAUCAGUAGCCCAGAGCAUCCUCGUCAGACAAGGAGCCUGUGCACUAAACCUCAGAAACCCAAGCCUGGCCCUCGCAGGCAACUACAUUUUGAUUCUCCUGAUGACAAAGACAGAACUGCCAGCAGUGGUAGAUUUGAAACGUGCACUUUAUCUGAUUUCUCAGCAAAUGAACGGAAUUCCAGUUGCCUAAAAGUGCUGGAGAACAUUUUACCAAAUGGUUCCCAGUAUCAUACAAAAACAAGACUUCUUAAUGCUACAGCUGCGAAUUCCUACCUACAAACAGAAAGGAACACUCCACUCUGUUCAUCAAGUAAUUUUUCUUCAAUACUAGGGCAUUGUGAUGUUCCCAUUAUUCAGAGGGUCUCUCAUGUUUCAGGGUAUAACUAUGGAAUCCCUCAUUCUUGUAUCAGACAGAAUACCUCAGAGGAAGAGAAUCCUUGGACUGAAAUGGAGAAAAUUAGAGUUUGUGUUCGAAAACGACCUCUUGGCAUGAGAGAGGUACGUCGUGGAGAAAUUAAUAUUAUUACGGUAGAAGACAAAGAAACUCUACUGGUUCAUGAGAAGAAAGAAGCAGUUGACCUCACACAAUACAUUCUGCAGCACGUUUUUUAUUUUGAUGAAGUCUUUGGUGAGGCAUGCACUAAUCGGGAUGUAUACUUGAAGACUACUUAUCCACUCAUUCAGCAUAUUUUCAACGGAGGCAAUGCUACUUGUUUUGCAUAUGGACAGACAGGUGCUGGAAAGACCUAUACUAUGAUAGGAAAUCAUCAGAACCCUGGACUGUAUGCUCUGGCUGCCAAAGAUAUCUUCAGACAACUAGAAGUGUCCCAGCCAAGAAGGCACCUCUUUGUGUGGAUAAGCUUCUAUGAAAUCUACUGUGGACAGCUUUAUGACCUCCUAAAUCGAAGAAAAAGGCUCUUUGCACGAGAAGAUAACAAGCAUGUAGUACAGAUAGUGGGACUUCGAGAGCUUCAGGUGGAUAGUGUGGAGCUUCUUUUAGAGGUUAUCUUAAAGGGCAGCAAGGAGCGCAGCACUGGAGCUACUGGAGUUAAUGCAGAUUCCUCCCGCUCCCAUGCUAUCAUCCAAAUUCAGAUCAAAGAUUCAGCCAAGAGGACAUUUGGCAGGAUUUCUUUUAUUGACUUGGCUGGCAGUGAAAGAGCAGCAGAUGCCAGAGACUCAGAUAGACAGACAAAGAUGGAAGGCGCAGAAAUAAACCAGAGUCUUCUGGCUCUGAAGGAAUGUAUCCGAGCACUGGAUCAGGAACACACUCAUACUCCCUUCAGGCAAAGCAAGUUGACUCAGGUCCUGAAGGACUCUUUCAUUGGUAAUGCCAAAACCUGCAUGAUUGCCAACAUCUCACCAAGCCACAUGGCCACUGAGCACACUCUGAACACUUUGCGCUAUGCUGACCGGGUGAAAGAACUAAAGAAAGGCUUAAAGUGCUGUGCUGCAGCUGCCAGUCGAAAUAGGACUUCUGGAAACAACUCUCCAAAGAGAAUUCAAAACUCACCUGUGGCCGUGCAGGAGGACAAGUGUUCUCCCAAAAAAGUCAAGCUCGGGCUUCAGCAAUCACUCUCAGGGGCACCUGGUUCCAUGAGAGGGAAGGCCCAGCCUCUAGCUGGUCACUCACCCAACAUCCCGAUUGCUUCUGUACCUAAGGCCCCUGGCAAAAGAGGCGGCUCCAGAGGGUGUCCUCCGCAAAGGUGGGUUGUUCAGACCAGCCCUGCCAGAGGAACCACGAAGUCUGGACAGUUGGCCAACAAAAAGGAAGAAGAGUCAGCACGAUUUUCCUCUGUGAAGAAUCAAAUUGGCAACAAAGCUGCCCUGGAGUGGGGCAGCAGGACCCCUGGGCCGGGAGGAGACCCAGUCCUUGGAAAAAGGCCUGCCCAGUGCAAGAAAGUCCAGACUGUACAGCCAGUGCAGAAGCAGCUUGUGCCCCACGCUGAGCGCUCCUCUGGUGACACCCACCACUUGGCAGAACACAAUCAGGACAGCAAGGAGGCCACACUUACCAGUCCUGGCCCCGAGGCGUGGACAAACAUCCCUCCACGUCAGAAAGAGAGAGAGGAGCAUCUGCGCUUUUACCACCAGCAGUUUCAGCAGCCACCUCUCCUCCAGCAGAAACUGAAGUACCAGCCACUGGAAAGGUUUUUAUGCCAGUACCAAGCCAAGGAUGGUCAGCUGCCUAGUGAGACCUCCCCACCAUUACGUGCUCACGCAGAGAGCUGUGACGGAGCCCCCACUGAAGACCUGGAUGACAGCGAUUUCAGUGAGGAUUCAUUUUCACAUGUUUCCAGUCAGAGGACCACUAAGCAAAGAAACACCCUGGAGAGUAGUGAAGACUCCUUCUUCCUUCAUCAGCGGGAACAGACUCCUGAGGAGAGGGCAGCUGAAAGGCAGCAGAGUCUGUCUUUUAGCCUCAGGACAGAUGGUGAUGAGAAGGAUCUAACUGAAAGUUGGAGGUGCUCAUGGGAUCCCCGAGGCCCCCGAACAGCAGUCCUCAGUCAUGGCUGUCCAAGUCAGGUGGCUUUGGAGUGGAGCAGAGAGGAGGGCUCGAGCUCCACAGUGAUCUCUCCCCGAGGCAACCUGGCAGAGAAGCCUUACAGUUCGCAGGUAGAUCUUAUAUAUAACCAAAAAAGGGGUGGAGGCUCAGCCUUUAAUCUCAGUCAGGAUUCAUUUACCAGUAUUCUUCCUGGACAGGUGGAGGGCUGCUCACCACCACCAGAGGAGAGGUUCAUUGUCUCACUGUCCCACACUGCAGUUCCUGGGUCCCCAGACCAAAGAGAUAGAGACACUGUCUCUGCACCAUCGAGAGGAGUCAGCAAAGACAGCCCAACUCCAGUGAUGAGAACAGUGAAAGAGAGUGCCCCUUUCCAAGGAGAAGACUCUGGAGAAGAACCAAGCUCAUGCUCUGAAUAUGCUUCAGGUCUCAUGGCUCCCCUCUCUGUGUCCCUCCUGGAGAACCCAGACAAUGAAGGCUCAUCUCUGUUGGGGAAGCUGGUCCCAGAUGCGGCUGCCCGCAGUCUGGAGGCAGAGGGCUGCACAGUGCCAUCUGGUGAUCAAGAGGCAGUCUCACCAGCAUCUAUGGCAAUGAGGCACCUGUGGCUGUCUUCUUCUCCUCCAGACAAUAAGCCUGGUGGUGAUCUUCCGGCUCUGUCUCCGUCACCCAUCCGUCAAUACCCCCCUGACAAGCUGCUCAACGAAGACCCUGACCUGGGAGAGGACUGCCGGGGCAAGGAGGUUACACUCUUCUCUUGGGACCAUGUCAGUAGUGAGCUGUCUGUUGCUGACGCCGAAGAGGCAGAACUGGGCAGGUCCUGGAGUUUUCCAGGAAGGCCCUUCCCCACCACACACAUUGGGAGAUCUCGCUCUGGGCCAACAUUUCCCCAGCAGACAGGAAGGAGUGAUGUGGCCAAUCAGCUCUGGAACCAGGAGAGAAAACUUCUGACAGGACAGUGUUGGCAGGAGCAGGCUUCGUCCACAGACCCCAGCAAGCUGGCCUCCUACAAGGACAAAUACAGGCUGAUUCCAAGGAACUUAUCAAGACUGAGCUCUGCCCUGGUCCCUAGCUGUUCUGCUGAGAUUGUAGAGACACUCCAUGCGCCCACCCUGGGGCAAGCACAGCAGGUGGUGAUCCAAGCACAUCAGGAACAGAUGGAUGAAAUGGCUGAGCUGGGCUUUAAAGAGGAGACGCUGAUGAGCCAGCUGACUUGUAAUGAUUUUGAAGAUUUUGUGACCCAGCUGGACGAAAUCAUGGCUCUGAAAUCCAAGUGCAUCCAGAGUUUGAGGAGCCAAUUGCAGCUCUAUCUGGCUUGUCAUAGACCAGCUGCAGCCUCUGAAAGGACAGCAGUGUCCUAG